GAAUGCCGUGCUCAGGUGGAGAAAGAGAGAGAGAAGCAAAGAGAGAGAGAGACACGGACACACCGACACAACAGCAGCAGCCGAGCUGUGGACAAGUGGGACACGGCUCGUGGCCCCCGUACUCCUGAGAAGUCGUCUCCGCUCCUCUGUGCGCACUUUGGCCAGCCGGAGAGGAAGGUCACGAAUAACAGAGAGGAAAGUGCCACCGGCGCUACCUGCUGCUGCUGCGGCCACAGCCAACCAGGAGUCACCUGCCGGGAGGCAAAAGUGCAUUUUAAACAUAGUUGUAGGACUACAUUGGAGUCGUGGAAGAUGUUCCACGUGGCUGAUGGUUUAUAAGAAACUCUUUUUUUAAAGGACGAAGGGCCCUUCGUGUCACUUUUUGCACUUGAGCGUCCAGCAAAGGAGGUCUUACAAACAUUAAUGUAUUUAUUAUUUUCAGGCUUUACUUGUAACUGAUGUCAUGUGUUUGGGGAAGUGGGACGCAGCUGUUUGGAUGGACAGGCACUGCAGCUGAGAGAGAGUGAGAAAGACGAGACUUCCUUCAGAGUGUCUGCUAAAAAACAGCGAAGGCAAGAAGGAAGAAGCCUCCAGCAGACGCAGGGACAUGGAUGGUAUCGCUGGCUCUGAAAUCCGUGUGUCGGCGCAGUCUGCAGAUUGGGUGCACAGGGCGUCUGAGCCGUGACAGUUCAUCAUGACAGAGAAUCCAAACUUCACCUGACAUCGAAUGUAACGUUACCGGAGCCCACUCCACUACAGGAUCCGCGAUGUCCUCAGUCCAGACGAGGAAGCUGACUCUCUGCCAGGCCCUGACCUUUGUCCUGCUGCUGGUCCUUCCCGUGUGCCUGUCCUCCCCACAGAGUCCCUCCUGGAUUUCGGCAUGGGGUCCUAACAGCGACGAUUCAUCGGUGCAUCCAGCUCGCACACGGAGGCAGCUGCACUUCAGAAAUGAGUGGGCAACAUGGAGCGGCUGGUCUGUGUGCUCACGCACCUGUGGGGGCGGAGCAUCUGUGCGGUCACGCACCUGCAUCACAAGGAACCCAGUGGGUGGACCAUGUGCAGGAGAUCCCAGACAGUACAAGAUCUGCAACACCAAGGACUGUCCCCCUGGCUCGGAGGAUUUCCGAGAGAUGCAGUGUGCUGCCUUUAAUGACAGGCCUCUAGUGGCUGGCAACUCCUUCAGAUGGACCACCUUUCAUGGAGGCUCUAACCCCUGUGAACUCAGCUGCUUGGCCUUGGGUCACAACUUCUACUACAACUUUGGCCGAGUGCUCGACGGCACAGCCUGCGACAAGGACUCAGGAGCAGUGUGUGUGAACGGACGCUGCCUGACGCCUGGCUGUGACUUCAUCUUAGGCUCAAAGCAGCAGGUGGAUGCCUGCAUGGUGUGUGGCGGACACAACGCCACCUGCCUGCACCACAAGAGUGUGUACCAGAGCAACAGUCUGGAGGCAGGCGGGCCUUUUGGAUACAAUGAAGUGGCCAUGAUCCCUGCUGGAGCAACUCACAUCCGAGUCACUGAUAACAGCAGGAAUUAUCUUGCCCUGCAGAAUGGACGCUCCCAGUUUUUGAUUAAUGGAAACUGGAAGAUCAGCGUUCCAGGCGAGUACAGUGUAGCAGGGACUAAGCUGGUUUAUCGGCGCUCAGCAGACACCUGGGAGAGCUUUGAGGUGGCAGGACCCACCCAGGAAGACCUUCAUCUAAUGGUUCUGGCAACAGACAGAAACCCAGGGAUUGAGUAUGAGUACUGGCUGCCACCAGACCAGUAUGCUCUCUACCACGGGAGGAGGAGCCCACUGCGACAGGCUCACCAUACUGCCAGCUACCUACCCUGGAGUCAGCCCACUGCUUCAACCACAACCACCACUACCAGGGCUCCACCAAACACCCCCCGACCUCACUGGUUUUUACAGCCACUGAAGCCACCACGCCCCCACAGUCCCCACCAGCGUCCCCACCAGCCCAUCCUGCCUCGUCUGGAGCGGGACGAGAACCAUAGAAAUCUCCUUCCUCAGCCCUCACCUGAAAGGCAUUGUGGCAAAUGCCAGCGGGUUAAAGGUCGACGAGAACGCCAGAGACAGUAUUGCCAGAAGGACUUUGUUUUCCGGGCAAGAGUUCUUUCGAAGCUGCAACGAGGUGAGGAAACUCGUUACGACGUCCAGAUCAUCCACACCUACCGGAACCGGUUCCGCCUGGAGCACCGGGAGUUCCUGUGGGUCCCUAAUGUGUGUGACUGCCCUAACCUGGAAGUGGGGAAACAGUAUAUCUUUAUGGCGCGACGUCACAUUAAUUAUGAGCGCACAUUAAACCGAAUUCUGCUUGAAGAGGAGAGCUUUGUGGUGCCAUACAGACCCAGAGAGGAUGAACUGCUAUGGCCGCUUGAAAGGCUCUGCAGCAACAGAGGACCCAAACAGAACUGAGGGGAUGAGCGUUGUUGCACGCUGUGCAGUGAGACUGUGUGUUACAGAGAGAGAAGCUCAAACUGAAACUUUACUUUACUGAUAUCAUUUCUGGACCUUUAAACCACCAUCAGAUUCCUUGUGAUGCAUGUAUUCCAGAAAUACUGAGACUCCACGAUUAUUUAAAAGCCUGACCAGCUUACUGUACAAUUUAGAGCACUUUAGGUGAUGCUUGUGCCACCUUUAAAUACACCAAAGAGAAGAACAUUGACUGAAAUGGCCUUUUUAUUGUGGCUGUUUCCCACAGUCAUCAUAUAUUUUUAUAUUAUAUUUGUUUUGCAUAAAAGAAGAAUCCACUUUGAAAAAUUUUCUCUUUAGUAUUUCUGAAAAAAUGCCUAAAAUCCAUAAUUUUGUCUGAUGGGCAGCAGAUGGCAAUAGCUGUGGUUUCAAAAUAAUUUCUGAUCCUAUCAAAGUCUGUGAGAGAAUGGCUCAGUCACCUAUUUUCGGUUGUUCUGAAUAUAUGUUUUGAUCUGUUUUGUAAAUCUUGGUCAUACUAUUUUCAAAUAGCAUAUGUGAUAUGAAACCUCCAGCUUAUUGGCUAGUGAGAUGUCAAUCACAAGUUCCUAGCCAAAUAACAUAAGGGUUGAUCGACAGCACCAAAACAAUAACUCAAAUUCAACUUAUAGGUUCAUUACAGCAUCGAGACAGCAACUUAGGCUACGUUCACACUGCAGGUCUUAAUAAUCAAUUCCGAUUUUUUGAUCAAAUCCGAUUUUUUUUGUCUGGUUGUUCACACUACAAAUAAAAAAUGACAGCAAACACGUUCCAGCGUGAACCAUUCAUGGCCCUCAAAGCGGCCCGGAUGCGCAAAAGAAGACUCAGACCAAACAGUAUUGUUUGACUGAUGGCCCUUAAUUAAAAGACUUGUUUCAGACUUUGUUUCUCAAUUUUGCUUGAAGUUAUAAAGUUAUUUAAAUAUGGCCUAAUAAUGAUCCUUAUUGCUGUUUUAGAGAGGAGCGGUGCUUCAAAGGAUAGUGUCAGAUUUCUGUCAGAAUCUGCAGAUUAUACAGUACAAAUAAAAUG